AUGAGUAAAUCACCAAGUGAAAAAGAUAAAAUGAAAAAGGAAAGACAAGAACAUAAGGAUAAAUCAGAGGGUAUACAUGAUAGAAAAUGGGGUCAUGUAAUUAGCAAACUCUUUAGCAUAAAAAAAAAUCAAGACCGCGCAAGUGAGAAGUGGAAAAAGGAGAAAGAAACCACUGCUAGUGUAAAAUACGAUUUGCGCGAAUUGAUCAGCUACAAAAGUAUAUGUACCCUUAAGGACGACGGUGUCCAUGGACAUAAAAUAUGUCACCACAAUACUCCAGACGAUUUCCAAAUGUGUAAGAAGAAUUUUUUAAGUGAUAGCAACACGGAUUUUUCAAAAUUAGAAAUGAAGGAUUCCCCUGAUGCCAACUCACCGCCCACCAGUUAUAACAAUAGCAUUAACGAUAACGGGAGAAACACGAACAUCAGCAAAGAUAGCAAUAAGACCAACCGAAACAACAGAAGCAAAGACAAGGUACGCAGUCGUAAUUAUCAAAAAGGUGCAAAAAAACAGGAGGCCACUCGAACAACCGAUAUCCAAAUAGCAAAGGAGAAACGCCCCAAGUUAAGAGUAGACGGGAUGAGCCACUCGAAAAGGAACAGGCGUCCUGUUGAUCUGCACCACAGUCCUAAAAAGUUCCUCAUCGAAAGAGGAGGAAGAGAACGAAGCAGCGUUCUAAAAUGCACUGACUCUCUAAAUAAGAAUCUAAUAAGUAAGACUCCUUCGCCGAAGUUAUUACAGAUGAAGAAGCAGAAGAUUAGAAGUGUUGCAGAUGACACUUUUGAGAUAGAAAAAUGUAAGAAAAAAAAAAAUUGUAAAAAGUUAUCUAGUGAAGGGAAAACCUACCAUUCAGAUAUUGAUAACUCCAAAAAGAGCAAUUUUUUUAGUUGUAAAUAUUUACAAAAUUUAAAUUUUAAUAAAGCAAAAGACAGUAAUAAUUUCCCCAUGCAGUUGUCAUCACCGCACGGGAUAAUUGAUCAUCAUGAAUGUAAAAAGAACAUUAAAAAAAUACAUUUAACCAAUGAUAGUGAUAAUAAAAUAUACAGUUGUUUUUGCAAUUGUGACACAAGUUGUGAAAGGAAUUCCCAUUCCGACACAUAUGUAAUUUGCUCCCCUCAAAAAAAAAAAAAGGGGGAGACCAAAAGUCCACAUAACAUCCUUUUUUAUGAUGAAGUUGUUAAACAAAAUCAAUGGAAUGAUAAUAAGGAAGAUAAAAUGGUAUAUCCCAUUUCUUCCCAAUUACGUGCUUCAUAUUUUUAUGCACAUAAGAAGAGAAAAAGACAAAAUGAAAUUAGCAAAGGAAAGAUAUCAUACGUGAAGAAGAUGGCGAACUGCCUUCUUCCCUACCAAAAUUACAACUUCACGUUAAGGAACAUUCAGAAGAGAAAAAAGAUUUACUUUCAUUUUAGGAAAAGUAAAAAAUUUCGUGUUAAGAAGAAAAAGAGCUCCAAAAAGAAGGAGAGCUAUGAAGUAGACAGAUCACUUUUAAACGAAGAAACCAACAAAAUGAUUAGUCCCAUUGAGGGGGAGGGGACUCCAAAGGGAGAAAAUUUCCCUAUUGAUGAGAAAGCAGAUUCACAUGCAAACGUUAUGCAGAUCGAGACAGAUUGUAAGCCAACCGUAAGUUCUACCAUUGGAGGAGAAAAGGAUAAGGACGAUUUGCACGAUGUGGAUAUAGAAGAACCAAACAGAAAUGCUGAGGGAGAACAGAGCGCUCAACAGUCGAGUCAGCAUUUAACGAAUGAAUGGGAAAAUCCAUCAAGAGGUAACAACCCAGAGAACGAAUCGCUAGCAACAAACAUGUUUGGCGAUAUUAAUAAUGAAGUUAGUGAACUCCACACUGAUUCCGCAUUGGAGAAGGAUAAAAACGAAAUUGCAGAGGGAUCAUAUAAAGAAUUGAAAAUUACGGGAAAAAAUUUCCUAAAAUAUGAUGAAAGAAUAUUUGAAAAUUUCUACAACGAUGUGCAUUUAAAAUUUGGAAAGAUUGUUACAAAUAGGAGAAAAAAAUAUUUUCUAACAUAUAAAAUUGUUAAAGAUUCCUACUUUCGCAUAUUAAUUUUGAAUAGCGAAAAAUUGGAAAAGAAUAUUCUUCAAGUGAUAGCCAUUCAGGAUGUCAUUUUGUACGAUAAAAAUGUGAAAAUUUUUAGCGACCCCUUUUAUGUAAGAAAUAGUAGCAAGCUUUACGCUGUGAAAUUCUUAAAGGUGUUUAGCUUAAAGUAUUUAAAAAAAAUAAAGAAAAUGAGCGACAUCAUAUUCUCCGAUGCUGAGGAGGACGGCAGUCCUAAUGUGAAAACGGAAAAUUGUGAAUCAGCUGAGUUGCACAUUGCAGAUGAGGAAAAUGCAUCUCCUACUGCUAAGGAAAAGAACCAUUUGGAGAAGGAAAAUUUGAAUAAAAGCGCGCUGAUCCAAUCGGCGGAUGAGCCCGUGAAUGCGAAUCAUUCGGUAGGCACAGAAACGAACGAGGGGAAUGAGCCUAAGGGGGAAAUAAGAAAAGGUAUGCAAGAUGUGGAAACUAUUCAUGCGCAGAAGAAUGCGUCUGAAGGAAGAAACAUGAGCGACGAUGAGGGAAGAAACGACAAUAAAUGCAUCGAUAAUGAAGAUGAGGAGAUCGUGGUCGUGAACAAUUCAAGCGACAAUUGCGACAAUGUCAGUAAUGGUGGAAGUAGGAAAAUAAGGAAAGAAGCAAAAAAUUCCGAUAAGGAGAAAUCCCCUAAGGGAAAUGCCAAAGAAAGUGCCAAGAGAAAUACCAAGGACAAAAAAGGAAGCGCAGAUGUGAAUAAGAAAAGAAAUAGCAAGGAUUCCCCGGUGAACAAAAAUCCAAAAGAAUUAUGCAAAAAUGUAAAUAAUAAAAGAAGCAAAAAAAGGAGCAAUGUGAAGGUGAAGAUUGAGAGCGAAGCCUGCAACAAGGAAGAGGAAUACAACUACACAGGCAUAAUAUACAAUGACAAGAAGAAGUUUUAUUUUAAUGUUCACAAAAUUGUGGAUAUAAUUAAAAUGGUUAAAGGAUCGGAGGAGAAAACCAAGUUCUACCUAGAUACCCAUAAUAAUAAUAUGAAGAAGAAAGGGAGGCUCCUUAAAAAUGUGGAGAAAACCUUAUUUCUGGAGAAUCUCGUCAUUGAUGAUGAGGAUGUGCUUUUUAAGAGACCGAAAUUUUUUAACUGCAUAAUUGAAGAAUCCAUUGAUAACUACAACGUAGUUUACGAAGCAGAGAAUGGGAUGAUGAAUCUUUUUGAGAAUAAGUUGGAUCGAAUGAAAAAGAAAAAAGGGGGUAAUAAAGCAGAAACGGAUACAUCCAACAAAUACAUCGAAUUGAAGGAUGAAGAAAAAGGAUUUAAAUAUAUUGGUUAUCGUGUCAGUUUUGAACUAAAGAAGGACAACAAAAAAAAGAGUAACUUCAAGACGGGCAUUAUAAAGUAUUACUCCCCCAAAUAUAAGCAGUUCUUUAUUCACCAUAUAGAGAAUUUCAAGUGCAACGGGUCCAUAGCGGAUUCACCGAAGACUACCAACAGGGAGAUGGGAUACGCAAGAGGAGGGAGUAAAUCAAGGACCACCCCCUCACCGUUGUACGACAAUUCUAAGGAAUAUCACCCCUUUGCUGACUUGGAAAGUGCACAACAUGGUGGCGUAAAUCAGGAUAUUGGCAAAGAUAUCAGCGAGGGGCAGAACGGGGGGGUGCUACAUGGAGAGAUAGCCAACCAGAACAACCAAAGCAUAGUGCGAAGUGAAGAAGAAAUGAUGUACCUCAAUUAUGAGAGAAAACUAGAUGAAGAAAAUGGAAAGAAGAAAUGCGAUUUUAUAUUCUCAGAUAUGAAGGGGUGGUAUUCGCCCCACUUCUACAACAUAAAGGUUCUAAAGACGGUAAAGGAAUUUGAGCGCUUUGAUAUAUUUGAUAAAAAUGACAAAAGGAAGGAGCAAAUGGAUUACAACCUUUUGAACAAGAGAGACGAAUGCUCCAUAUGUAAGGAUAGCAUCCUGUUUAUCAAGGGACAUGACCAUUACACAAGUAACCUCUCUUCCAUCAUAUACGACUUAAGCAGUGAAGAAAGGAAAAAGGAAAUGGACGAGCAAAAUAUGAUUAACGUUUAUUGGGGAAUUAAGUGUUUUAUCUGUUCCAAGAAAUUUCACGCCAAUUGCCUUGAGGAUGAGGUAAUAAUCACCAAGGCCUAUGACAAAAAUGUGCUAAUGAAAGAGUAUAAAAAGUACAUUUAUAAGAAUAGCCUAAAGAAGGAUAAGAAAUGCUUCAAGGGAGAUAAGGAAAAAGGCGGAAGGAGUGGAAGCAAAAAGGAGGAAAAAUCCAAGAGGGUGAAGAAGAACAACAACAAUUCUAGCGAUUCGAAAUGUAUCGGAGGUGGGGGAGGAGAUUCCAAGUCGAACAGAAAUAGAAAAAAUUCUAGUGCAAAAAGAACAACCGGCAGUAGCAAAAACGGGUCGAGCAAGACUGGGGAAGAUUCGUCGAACGAUGGGGUGAAGGAGGAAAAUGAAGAGGCGGAGGAAAAAAACAACAAAAGAAAGAAAGAAAAGAAAGGAGGCAAAGAAAGCAGCAGGAAAAACGGAAAUGGUAAAAAUAAUGACAGUGAAAAUGACUACAAGAGUGAGGACAAAGAGGAGGAAAACAGAAGCGAGGAAUUGAAUGAUGAAGAAGAUAGCGAUGUAGAAGAAACAAACAAUUGCACAAAAUCGAAAAGUAAGAAAGCGAGGAAAUGUAUAAAUUACGUCCCAGCUGUCAAGUACAAUGAUAUGAGUUACAAAAAAUAUGUGUGUAAAGACUGCUAUCGCUGCAUAUACUGUUGUGAGAGCAUAUAUAAUUAUAAACAAACACCCAAUAUAGCCAAUUAUGUCAUAUGUAAAACAUGUAACAUGGUUGCACAUGGAUCUUGCUGCUUCCCAAAUGUGCCAGACAUUUACCUGUUUAAUUGGAAGUGCGAUGAGUGCCUGAAAUGCAACAAAUGUGACUACUCCAAUUUAUGCUUCAUUAAUUACAACGAAUGGGAGUUCCACCUCGACUGCUGUAUCAACUGCUACAAAGAAUAUGAAAAAAAAAACUUUUGUAUAAUGUGCAAUGAGAAGUACGAAAUAGAUGAUAGCAACAAAUGGGUGCAGUGUGAUGUGUGCAAAUUUUGGAUUCACCUAAGUUGCGAUAAGAACGAAAAUAGAAAUAUUGAAACAUUGUCAAUAAAAAGUAUAAACUAUAAAUGCCCCACAUGUAGGUCUGGUUCAUUCCAUGAUAAAAUCGAACGAAUACUUUACUUAUUCUUCCUUCUAGAUAAGUACAAAAAUUUCACCUUUCACGUACCUAUAAACUUUUACAUAUACUGGAGAAUUGUUAAAAUACCCAUGAACCUCUACAUUAUGAAGAAGAAAAUCUGGGAGAAGAAGUACAGUACCAUAUUAGAAUUCCUCUAUGAUUUUUUCCUCAUCAUACAUAAUGCCAAAACAGUACAUAUGCCCAACACCUCAAUUUAUAAAAAUGCCUGUAUCUUUGAAAAGAAAGGAAAAGUUAUCAUAAAAAAUAUGUUCAAUUUGGAAAAUGAGGAGCUGAACAAAUUCAUUGAUGAUUGUUUGGAGACAUACAAGAAGGCCACCAAUGAAGACGUAAACAAUGAUAGUAGUAAAAUAGAAGAGCAAGGGAAAAAUUAUUCCGGCAUGUUCACGUCUAGUGGGCAUAAACUAUCAACUAAUAUUUGCAGCAGUAGUAGGGACGACAUUCUCGGAGAAAAUGUUGACAACCAUAUGGGUAAGGAAAAUGUUACAUUCAAAUCAUGCAACGAAGAAAGUAUGAAACAUUUGGGCUACCCCGCAAUUGGCAGAGAGAUUAUUUCCAAUGUCACGGGGGUUGUCAAAUCGGGCUUCUACCAAAGGAAAGAUAGUGAUAUCUGCCACACGGGGGAAAAUGAUCACCUAAAAGCAGAUGCAGAGAAUUUUGGAGGAGGUUCAUUCCUUAAUGAGCACAUUAUUCACGAGGGUAUGCACACCCUUCCCAGUGGCAUGAAUAACUCCAACGGUAGGAUAUAUCAAUCGAAUAGGUGCCUGAACGCAGAUGGUACAUUUGAUAGUGGUAUUGUAAAGAAUGAAUCUAAUUUGCCCUCACACAUGAACGGGGCCCAUUUAUAUAAUGAUUACUCUGCUGUGGAAAGGAAGAACCCCAUGGACGGAACAUACGAUAAGAAUACUGCAGAUAUGCCCAACAGUAAGGACGAUAUGGUUUUAUACAAUUUGAGUAACAGCCAUGUGGGUAAGAGCCUUUUAAACAGUAACUUAAUUAGGAAACGAAAAUUGGAGAUGAUCGACAAGGACAUCACGCAGUAUGAGUUACAUGAACUCUUUAAUUUUAAGAAGGACUGUGUGUUUAUCCACAAAAAUGAGGAAAUGUUUGUCCCGCAAAGUUGCGGUAUAACCAAUUAUAAUAUCCUCACAGUUAAUUUGAAGGGAAAAAUUUAUUUUAAUAGAUCAUUUGACAAAUUUGACGAAUUUGACGUUUCUAAGGUAAGGAAGUUGCAUCUUCUGCUUGGGGGAGGUUACUCAUCGAGCCGUAGAUCAGUUGUAGAUGAAUUUUCCUCCGGGAAAAAUCUUCGAAAGGGUAAUGAGAGCAGUAAAGAAGAGAAAACUUCCCUAGUAGAUAAUCAUCCGGAUAGUGAGUCAACAAAGGAGGGUGCAGAAGGGGAACAGAGGAUACAUUCCAAUCGUGGCAAUUCCAACGUAUUUGUCAAUGAUAACAUAUUCAUGAUUGACAUCAGGAAGGGAAAAGUCAAAAUGAACCACGUAAUUAAGGAGGAGACAAGGAUUAUUAACCCCGUGAACAAUGCCUACAAAUUCUUGAAGUGUAUUCAGAUAGUAUUUUUUAACCAACAAGGUCAAAGUGAAGAUACCGCAUCGAAGAAUGUAUCAUCUGUAAGAAUGAACUAUGUUACAAAUCGUGUAAACUACAACAGUAGCGAUAACGAGAGUGCGGACGAUAUAUCGGUGGAGCAUGUUGAUAGGAGUAAAGGGGAAUCUAUAUCCCUCAAUGACAUUAUUUCUCUCAUGGAGGGAAAAACUUCCAAAGGAGGAUUAAAAAGGUGCAAGAAUAUAAAUCGUAGAAAUGUCCUUAUUGGAAGAAAUGUGUUAAAUAAAAAAAUAAAACUUAUCAACCAUGAUAUUUUGAAAGAGUACUGUCAUGUUUGCGGAUGCAUAGAGUAUAAGAGCCCUCUUAUUUAUUGCGGUGCAUGUGGGGUGUCCAUUCACUAUACCUGCGCUAAUAUUUCCAACCCGUUUUUGUUUGACUUGAGUGGUUAUGUAGAACACAGGAAGGAGAUAAAUCAAAUUUUUAACAUUAUCACGAGAAACUUUAAAUGUAAUCAAUGCAUUAAGUGUGAUAAAUGUGAUACUCACUUUAGCGACGCUGUCAGGGAUACCUUUUACUCGGACAUUACCUGUAUGCAUACAUGGAGUGGCAACGAUUUUACCAAGAAAACAAGGCUCAGUUAUUUUUACAAUUUGAAGAUAGAAGUGAUUACUCUGAAGGAGGAGAAAAACGAAAGGAGGAGAAAAAUGCUGACGAACAUCGAAGGACGGAAAUUUGUUGAAAAUGGGGAAGUAGCAUCUCCCAUGAUUAGCGAAUUGAAUGAAAGUCCAAGGAAUGAACAAAGGAGUAUGAAACAAUCGUGUGCAUUUGUAAAAGUGGAACUAGGGGAAAGCACGCAAGGAGGAGAAAUCUGCUCUCUUAACCACCCCUCCACGCCCCCAAUGGAGAAACAAAGCGUUAAUGAUAAUGAUCACCAGUGGGGGGAGAAGAAUCAACCUGGUAGUCAUAACCCAUCCGGCUGCUCAAAAAAGAGGAAGGUGCAAAAGAGCAUUGACGUUGACAGCCAGGUGAAAGGUCCGAUAGGAGACCCAAGCACCACAUGCACCAUCGCGGAUGUGAAAGUAGAAUCCAAAACGGAUCAAACGAAACAAACCGACCAAGCGAAACAAACCGACCAAGCGAAACAAACGGACCAAACGAAACAAACGGACCAAACGAAACAAACGAAACAAACGAAACAAACCGACCAAGCAAUCCAAACGAAUAGCGAAAUAGAGUUAUCGCCAAGGAAGAAAAAAAUGUCGCCCUCGAAAAGGUCAACGAGUAGUAAAAAAAAUGAGGGAAAUGAAAAGAUGGGCGAAAGGACCCCAAGUAGUAUUGUCAGCAUACUGAAUAUACAGGACGAAACCCAAAUGAUAAUAAAAUGCUUCUGCUGUGGAAAAUCCACACACAAUGAAUGUUUCUAUCGAAUAGAUAAUAGCGGAGAUAAUGCCGAUAAGAACGACAAGGAUGUGCAUAAGAAGGUCGUAAAGACCAUAUUGAGAAGGACCUACCAAAGGAAGAAUCAUAAUAGAAAAUUUGGUUCGCCCGCAAAAUCAGAGAAUGGGUUAUAUACCUCAAAUUCGGGCUAUUAUGUAGCUCCACGGGAAGGCAUUUUGGAUGACACUUUAAACAAGGCGACCAUACAAAUGAGCAAAAAUAGCACACCGAUGGGAAGUAAUCAAAUUGGGGAGGAAGGAAGCUGUGGAGAGAGGAACAACCUGAUCACAUCAUUUGCAUCGCAGGAUAAUGAGACUACGACAACUACUACGGAGACAACAAGCGCUACGGCCAUGAUAGUGAUGGCUCCGCCCCCCAUUAAAUCGAACACGCCGAAGAAGGAUAAAUUAGGGGUACAGGUGAAUAACAGCAAUCAUAUCGUUAGUGACGACAUGCACACCAGUGUGAAGUGCAUUAUGAAUAGAAGCAGUGCAGAUGAAUGCACUAUCCAAUCGACCAAUUUUCACAUUAACAGUAAGGUUGAAUGUUCCAUAGCAAACAACAAUAUAGAGGUACUUAAAAAGAAUGAAAAUAACACAAGGAAAAACUCUGAACUCCAUAAUGAGGCCUGCAAUAAUGGCGUCAUUCCAAGUAAUGAGUUUGUAAGGAAAUUUUUAAGAGAUGCGAAAAAAGCUGAAACGUAUAUGGAAAUUGUAGUUAUAAAUGGAAAGGUGUAUAAUAAAGACCUGAUAAAUGAGAUAUACCAUGUGAUAAAGCAAAAGAAAAAUGUGAAACUGAAGAACUUAUUACAUUUAUUUGUUGGCAACAUUGAUGAAGGUGUAAUAUAUUCCGUCCUCAACGAACUUUUAAAAGCACUGUACAGUUACCUUAACGAGAAGUUGAAUUACUACAGAUUGAACAGAAAUCUGAAAAGCGUUGUGAAGAUGGAACAGACGGAUAAAUUUAAGAAGGAAAAAAAUGACUUGUUUGAUAAGAAGAAUCUCAUUAUAGAUAAUAAUGACGAAAUUAAAAUUUCAGAAAUGUUGCUAAAAAUUAGCGCCUUAAUUUCCGAGACCUUUUCAGUGCCCUCGAACAGAAAGCCAUCAAAUGGGAAAAACGGAAACAGAAGGAGUAGUACAAGUUGUAGAAAAAACGCAUUUAAUGAUAAUCCAAGUGGACGCAGCAUGAGCUAUUCGGGAAGUGAGUAUAUUAAAGGAAUUACCUCCAGUAACUUGGAGAUGAAAAAUCAGUUGACAAACACCAAUAGCACGUUGCUAUUUGAAACAAUUGCAGAUAAUGCAUUUGCGACACCGCCCUAUUCUGUGCAUUCAGCGGAGAAUAAUGGGAAGAGUUUUCCUAACCUUAGCGACAUGAUGAAAGUAAAUGAUGCAAGCGUAACAGGUGCCACGGGGUUGAGUGACCUGGAGGAAGAACCUGCGGAACACAAAGUAGUGAACCUUACCAAGGGGAAAAAUCAAAACGGUACGUACAUGAACAGGAGCAUAUACACGACGCGCUGUAAAUUUAAUGAAAAGAACAUCGAAAAGUUAACCUCGUCCACAGGGAAAAACACGAAUUCUGCGUACUCAACACCUAGUAUGAAUUAUAGCCCUAUAAAAAAAAUAAUAAAUUUUGACAAAACGAACAAUGUGAAGAUGAAUUUAAACAGCAUGAGCACCUUCUCCCAGUGUAACUCCAACGCAAACGAUUUAGGUUUCAUGCAGGGUAGGACGCUGAGUUCUCCCCUGGGAAGUGUAAGCAAUUGCAACAACAUCGUCAUCGUGAACAGCAUGAACGGUGUUAACAACGUGAGCAAUUUCAAUGGAGAGAACUUCUGUAGCAGUAGCAGCAGUGUCAAUCUCCAGAAUGGUAGCACGGAUGGAGGAAGUAACUUAUAUAACAUAAUUAGCAUGAACAACAAUAUUAGCACGUCGAACACUUUGAGCAUUAGCAACGUUCUGGACAACUCCGGCAACGUAAACGAUAUAAAUAUCAUGCAAAAUAUUAGCAUACUCAAUAAUAACAAUGUCAUAAUAAAUAUGAACGGCUUGGAGGGUAAGAAGGAUCCCUUUGUGAACUGUGCCCAGAUUGGGGACUCAGGCACCAUUAAUACGAUGAACAGUGUAGGUAGCAUGAUCAAUGCGGGGGCAAUAGGAAACGUCAGCGGGGUCAUAAGCAGUGGGGUCAUAAACAGUGGGGUUAUAAAUAACGGGGCUAUGAAUAACGGGGUCAUAAACAACGUAGGCAUGGGAAGCGUCAACGAUGCCAUGGCGGAUACAGGGAUGAGCAAUCUCGAUAGUAGCCUUCCCCCAGGAGGAAUCCUGUUCGGUGAAAAUCCCACAGAGCAUAUUAACAGCAUGAACGAAAUGACCCACCCGUUUAGCAACGUGGCCUACGUGAAGGACGGAGAAAACGUGUACCCCUACAACGAUAAUAUGAAAGCAUGCAAUGUGCACAUGAACAGUGAACACAUCAUGGAAGGACUGAGCCACGGAAGAAGUUAUAGCGAUAUGAUUAACAGGAAGUACGGGCAGAAUUUCCCCAUGAACUGUGAUAAAAGCAUGCCAAGUAAUGUAGCUAGUAUAUUUGUAAACGAUGCCAACAUUCACCCCUCACCAACUGCAUAUGCACAUGGAAAAGUGGAUUAUGAAAUGAAUGAAAUGUCACAAGAGAAAGGUGUGUACAAAUCCUAUCUACACAGUAACGAAAUGAACAUGUACAAAAAUAAUUAUUAUUUUUAUAACCAAGUGGGAAAUGAUAACAAUUCCCCUGCGAAUGACGGAAUGGAAAAUGUGAAUAUGCCUUUGGAUUAUUAUACCCCCAUGCAGAAUGGUAGCAAUAAUUAUAAGUCUGAAAUUAAUACUACCCCGUUUGACGGCAGGAUAAAUAACGAAACCAUCGAAAUGAACGGAAAAAUAAUAAUCAAUGUAAAUGCUAGUAAUGAACAACCCAUCCUGUAUGAGGAUAACAGCAAUGUCAUUCAGCAGGGUAAAGAGAUGUCAGAUGUGAACCGAGAUGGAAACAACAGGUCCGAAUUCCGGAAUGUAAACUACGGUAAUAUUUCUGAUGCGCAUGAAGUGAGGAACUCGAAUAAAUUCACUGACAUACACAGUGUCUAUAGUAAAAAUAUCAACAAGAAGGAUCAAGCGCACACAAAAACCCUUCUCAAAACGAACAUCCCCAAUCUGGACAAGUUUAUAAAUAGCAACAAGAAUAAGAAGUCCUCUCCGGCGAGCGAGAAGUUGUCUGGGGAGGGUAACAUGGGCGGAAAUGCUUGCGGAAAUGUGAGUGGAAAUGUGAGCGGAAAUGCCUGCGGAAAUGACUGCGGAAAUGACUGUGGAAAUGCCUGCGGAAAUGACUGUGGAAUUGCCUGCGGAAGUGGAAACUCCAAUUACAAUUACAUAUACGGAAGCAACAACAGUAGUAAUGCCAACUUCGACCUGAGCCUAUUCAAGUGUAAUGGAAAUGCGCCCUGUGUGGGGAACGGGAAUGAAAGGGGAAAUGUCAUAAGUCAAGAAUUCGGCGCAUCCAAUGAGAAUUCGGACUUUUCGACCAACAAAUUACAUAAAGAAAAUAUUCACAACAUUAGGGUUGAAAAAAAUAUUUCUAACAACGCAGGUCAUGCAAUGAAAGGUAUGCAGAAAUGCAUCCAUCCACUUGGAUCGAUUAGCAAGAAGUGCGCUCUGUACAGCCACAAUGGAAAGGAAGGGAUGCACAUAAAUGUAUCCAGUGAGGUCAAAUAUAACAUGCAGAACACCACGAUCAAUGCUAAUGAGGAAGACAUGGAGAGAGCUGAAGUGACUAGUAGUAAGAACAGGAAUCUCAAGUUUUACUGCAAGAAUAUUUUGAUAAAGAAGGAAAAUGUAAACAUCGACAUGAAAGAGGUGAGCGACCUCAGUGCUGCGAAUGCAAAUGAAUUGGAAAGCGGAAAUAACAAUGUAAGCGAGGAAAUUGACAAGAAGAAAAAAAAAGGCAGGAAUUGUGCGCCCAACGGUAAGGAGGGUAGAAAGGAAAAACCCAAAUCUGAUCGAAGCGCAACAGAAAAUGGAGGUCAAAAUAAGAAUGUUAGGAAAAAGAAAGGAAAGGACACAAAAGAAGAGGAUAAAGAGCCUGAAGAGGUUGAAAAAAAACCAACAAAUAAUCUUAAAAACAAGGCGGAAAAAAAAGAAAUGCAGGAAGAGAAGAAUGAAGAGAAGGAAAAAAAAAAGGCCAGGCCUAGGAAGAAGCCGUCGAAGGAGGAAAAACAGGACGAAAAAGAGAAGGACAAGGAAAUAAAACAGGAGACAAGUAAGGACAAAGCAAAAGAAAAUAAAAGGAAUGACACAAAAGGGGAAAAAUGCGAAAAGGAUUCCAAGGCGACCAAAGCUCCUAGAGUAGAAAGGGAAACAAAAAGGGUCAGGGUGAAAAAAGAGGAAUCCUUGGAGGAGGACAAAAAAGAAAUAAAGGAAGAGAAAAAAGUUAAGGGAAAAGAUAAAGCCGAUGAAAAAAAAAGGGCAAGAAAAACUAAUGAAAAUGCAGAAGAAAAGGAAAAAAAGAAAGCGCCCGAAAGCAGGACAACACAGGUGAAGACGAAGAAGGAAACGAACGAAGCAGAAAUAGAUACAGAGAAUAAUAGCAUAGAGCAAGAUAAACAAAACGAGCUGAAGGAGAACAAAACUCCCGCCAUUAUUUCCACUAGCAACAAGCUUGAUUCUGGCAGUACAUGCAUUUCUGACAUUGUGCCGAACAGUUGCAAUAUGCGAAGUGAAUGCAAAAUGGAUGAAAAUUACAUGACAGAUAGCAAUGAAGAGUUGUGCCUAUAUUCGGAGGAUCCACAAUCUGAUAACUCUACCAUGAUUAGAGGACCUAUAGGAAGAAAGCGGAUGAGAAACAGAAUUAAUAAAUUGAGCGGAUUUUUGAAGAAGAAUAAGUUCGUUUUGAAAUCCAAGUUUAAGAGGAUCACCCCGAAUACGUACCUAUGCCAUAGCUGCGUUGUGUUGUACAAAAAUAACUUUUCCUUUAACGCAUAUACGGAGGAAAUCGCAGCGGUUGAGUGGGGAGUGUGUGGCAGUGGUAACAAUUCGAGUAUCGUCAGCCAGGCUAAUGUUCUGGAGGUUAAAGGAGAAAUGAGUGCGCAGGAAGGGGAAACUCCCAUUGUACAAAAUAGCACAAAUAGCAUAUGCAAAUCUGAUGCUGAUGAAUGGAAAAAAGAAAAAAAAAACGACAACGCUGAGGAUGGUGUAAGGAGCAGCAUAAACCCCAUUAAUGACGGAACAGAAGAAUUAUGUUGUAAUCCAAAUGCAUGUGAGGAGGUCAUAUAUGUUGAUUCGAAACUGAACGUAGGAGAUGAAGGAAAGGAAGGAAAUGAGGCAACGAAUUUUAAGGGUGUAAGGAAAGAUGGCCAAAAUGUAGAUGGUACUGCCCCUGACAGUGACGAAAAAAAUGUUCCUCUUAAUAAAAUGCAGAAUUGUAGAGGAAGUAAAAAUCAAAAGGAGGAGGACUACUUCUGGAUAAGCAACAACCACAGUGGAAUGCGCAACCCAGACUGGAUUUAUUGGAUGAACAAGAUAUCCGCGCAUAAUAACGUCUUCUUCAAUCGUGCCUACUUAAAGGACAAGAAGGCAUCUACAAAUCUCAGGCGCUUCUUUGAAACGAAGGGAAACUUUUACAAAUGUUCCAUUUGUUGUAUGAUCUGUGAAUACAAAAAUGGCAAAGGUGAUAACAGUGCGCCUGAUAAUGACUUUGAUAAAUCCGCAGAUAAAAUUACUGGGAAAAACGCAGAAGAGAAAAAUGACAAUUUGAACAUGCUCUUCCUGUGCAAUACAUGCAGUUUACGCUAUGGGCACAUUCAGAAAUGCUUGAUUUCAUACCCUGACAAUAGCUGCUACAGGAGCAAAACUAUGUUGAUCUUAAACAAGGAACGCAAUGAAAAAAGGAAAUUGUAUGAAUUGAUUUAUUUGGUCAUAAUAAUGAGCCUUAGAUUUAUGUACUUUAGGAAGAAUUUCUUUAAAGCAUUUUGCCAUCUUCUAGAUGAAUUUCUCCGAAGAAAUAAAUCCAUUGUGAAAUUACUAUACCGUUUAUAUUUUGGCAACGCCUUUUUUAAGUGUGAUGAGUUUUUUCUUUUUUUCAUCAAACAAAUUAGGAGGGAUAACCAGUUAAGGCACCUAUUUCAUAGAAGUGGUAAUAUGGUUAUGCCUUUUGGAUCGGCACACCAACAUGUUUUGAAGUAUUCUCUGAACCUAUUUUGCAUGAGAUUGUCUGAUUGUGUUAACAAGGGAAAAGGAAAAUCGAGUUGCGCCACAGGUUCAGUUCGCAUGUGCCUCACUGCGAAGAAGUUAAUGCUUUGUUAUUAUAAGAAUGCAUUCUCCAGCGGGACUGGAAAUGGUGGAAACUACUUUGAGCAUGUGGUCAAUUCCUCCCUUUAUCUUUUGCAUUUGUAUUACUUGCACAUAUUGCACGUUAGUGAAGUGAGAAGAAAGCGAAUGUGCAAUGGGUCAGGCAAAGCGGGACGAGGAAAAGCAGAACGCGAAAGCGAAGGCGCGCUUGAUUUUACACAUAGACGUACAGUUGGAUCUACAGUUAGAUGUGCACUUGAAGGAGCCGCGAAAAUCAUGAAGAAAGUACGUAUUGUGAAGUUGAGAAAAAGGAGAAAAGUUAACCACAAUUUAUUUCUCAAGAUGAAAAACACGGAGGCCUUCGCAGAUACUUUACGAACCCUAAACCGGAGCGAAUCGGAAUGGUCCUUCCUCCAUAGGGAAGACCACAUGACAAAAAAGGAUUCGACGACUAUCAGCCGAAGUAGCAACGCAUGUACGAAAUUGCAGCGAGAAGAAGGAAUGUCAAAAAUGUUUAGCAAUAGUAAUACCAAAGGUGGGGCCUCCCUUUUGUUAUAUGAGAAAACAUGUGAUGAAUACAAAAAGGAUGAUAAAAAUGAGAAGGACAAAUUUGCACUUAGCCGCUUCCACAGUGAGGAGUCUCAGAAGAAAUUAAAGCAAUUUCUGAAGAAGAUAAAGUAUACCAUAAAAAAUAAACUAAAUUUAUACGUGCAAAUUAUGCUUAAUAUGUACAUGCAGGAAAGCCUGAAUAUGGUAAAAAGGCAAAGCACUAAUAAGGAACAACUGAAGCAGGGGUACACUAAGACUUGCCUCCUCUGCCAUUACGAGAACUACCUCUAUAAAGGAAGACUAAUCCCAUUUUAUGAUAUCUUUAUUCAUAGCGAAUGCUUAAAAUGGAGCCUAAAUUGCAUACAGUACUAUAGGUUGAAUAGCAGUAGCUGUGAAUGCCGUAAUAGGAUUGGUAUUGGGGAGAUGGAAGGCAACGUGAAUGUUAAGAAGAAUUCCUCAAAUGAUAAAAAGGGAGCGAGAAACUCGUCUGACAAAGGAGGCAAUGAGAAAUCCACAGAAAGUGCUUCAUGUUUUGUUAAGAAUGAGCCAAUGGGAGAAGGAAAUAAGGAAAGUGCCGACAAAAGCAAUGCGCACACAGGUUCGCAGGUUAAGAGCGCCAAUGGAAGUAUUCCCCAUGUUGGAGGUUCCUACCUGAGCAGUACCCACGUAACUAACAAUCAACUUGAUAUGCCUGCGAAAGAAGGGGAUGAUCCAAAGUGCGCUGUGGAAAUAUCUGUGAAGAGUGAAGAAUGCUGCGGCGGAAAACAGGCAGGUCAGGACAACCACAAUGAGGAAGAUGUAUCAAAAGAAAAGGGCAAUUUGGAAGAAACCCUAAACGUAAAAAAGAGCAUAAAAAAUAUAAAGCUAAAGGAUAACUUCGAAUGGACAGAAAAUAAAAACUUCUUCCAUAACUACGAACAUAUAAUUGAAGUAGACGAAGAUGAUGUGAAGGAAAUAAUUUAUGACUCAAUCAAUUCGACGUGCUUUCUGUGUGGUUACAAAAAUGCCAGCAUAUACUGCAACAAUGAAAACUGCAACAUAAAAUUUCACCUCAAUUGUGCUUUUUACUCUACCAUGGUAAAGAAUUCUCAUCAGAAUAUUUUUUUUUAUUAUGUAAAAUGUUUCAAACUGAUAAAAUUUAACAAGGAUACGAUUUUUUACAAAUAUUGCCACUCAUCAUCUUGUAAUGCGGAGGAGAAGGAACUAGUGCAGUCGCUAUAUGAGGAUAUUUUCCCCGUGCACAUCAUCUACAAUAUAAAAAAAGUGUGGUGCAAUAAAUGUUGGAAUGCGAAGAAGAUAUACGACUCGUUCUACAUAAAUAAGGAGAACAUGCAGUGUUCUAGUGCGAAGGAACCGAGCAAAGAAGUGGAGAAAAAAAGGCGAUUAUCUCCAAUACAUGCGCAAAACGUGAAACCUGCGAAUUGUACUGCGAUGUGUGGAGAAGUAAUCCAAGGUGAUAUUACCACUAGAUGUAGUAACCUCAAACAGGGUGAUACCACAACAAGUGGAUUAAAUGCGGUGACAGAAGCAGAGGACCAAAUAAAUGAACUAAGCAACCACGCAGGGACAGAAGAAAAUAGUAGAACUUCCGACGAACCCAAACGUACGCGCAUCGUAAAUAGGAAAAGAAUAAAUGUCAUGGAAAGUGUUAAAAAUAUUUACAAACAUUUCAUCCACUUCUAUUAUGAAAAUGAAUCGUACUACGUUAUGGAUAAAAUUCUCCACAGUAUAAACGAGUGUGUGAGAAUAAGAUAUAGAAGGAAGCCCCUGGAUGUGGUACAGCAAGUACUAAAUAAAGAAAGCAAAAUAAAAAGUAAAAUGAAAUAUUUGGAGAGCAUCAUUAACGAAUGUGUCAAAAAAAAUGAUGAGGACAGUUUCGUUAACGAUAGGUAUCAAUUAAUAUUUAAGCGAAAUGAUCAGAAUGAUCAAGCCACAAAUGAGCAGUUAAUAAAAAAAAAUGGUGAAUACAAUAAUGGCCAUGUGCUUGAGGAAAGCGACAUACAUGAGAAUGAAGUAAAUGUGCAAAAGAUUAUUGACAAUAAAAAUGUGGAAAAUAUUUUCAAGUCCUAUUUUAUUCUCAAAUAUUUUUUAUACAUAGGUAGAGAACUAACCCUAAAAAAUGAGGAGUAUUUUUUUUUAAAAAAAAAAGAAAAUUCCUUUUUUAGAUAUGUUCAUUCAAAUGAUGAACAGACCUGCAACAUACAGUUGCCGCAUGUGCUUUACACCAAUGACUCGGAUGGAGUGACCACCGCAUCGCGGAAGGAUACCACCCAUGUGAAGGAUAAAAGCAGUAAAGGAAACCUGCCACCAACGAACGAGGAACUAACAAGUGAUAAGGAUGAGCGGCAGAUGCAGCAACUGGUGGAGCAAGAUGAGGGGAGACAUGAACAGUUGCGUAAGAUUUGCUAUGCGACCUUCAUUGACGAUGAGUCCGAACCGGACAAGGAAAACUCGGAUAGUAACCUGAGUAGCAGUAGCGACCAGGAUAUGGAAGAAACGGACAUCGAUCACUACUACAACAAGGAAAGGAAAGACAAACAAGUGAGGAGCAUUAACCUCUACUUCGAUUUAAAGGGUACCAACAGAAAUGUAAAUAUAACGAAACUGCAACAGAUUAGUAAUUAUAGCGACUGUAAGGAGAGUAGCGAUGCGAUGGCCCUAUGCUCGAAUAUGGACGAGGAGAUCGAGAAGAAGGGGAGAACAAACAAGGGAAAUGGCACCUCCAAGAUGGGAGACAUGGGAACAGCUACAGGAAGGGCAAGUUUAGAACAAAGCACAUGCGAAAGUAACAGCGCAUCGGACAAAAAUGAAUCGUUUCUAAAUACGAUUAUAAGUGAUACGAACGAUGUGUUUAUCAAACGAACAAAUGAAAAACUAUUCUCGAACUAUAAGUUUAAUUGUACGAAUAAUAUGAAUCCCUCAAAAUGUAGAAUUAUCAAAGUAGGAUGUCACAACAUAUUACAUAUCGGUGAAAUUUUAAAAUAUAAUGGAGAGAAGAGAAUAUAUCCCUGCGGUUUUGUGAACAUGAGAAUAUUUUUUAAUUUGCCUUCCGAGUAUCUUUUUCAUAUUUAUAAAAACGCAAUUAUUGACGAUGAGGAUGAGAAGAAGAAAACAUUGCAGAGCAUAUUUUUACAAAUGCGUGCCACGUACAUUUUCUCCAUUACUUUGAAGAAUGAACAAUUUUUUUUUUCCAUCAUGCUAUUUCCCUUAAUAAGUAUUGACCAUUUCUCCGUAAAAGAUGCCCAGAAAUUUGUUUUAGCGGAAAGUCAUGACAUACAGGAAGCAUACGAAAAAUUUUUGUCUCUUUUUAAAUUUUCCAAUGGAGAACUUAACAAUGUAUACAUAUCGGAUGAAUAUAAAAAGUACGUUGAGAAGUAUUCCCACUUGCUUAAUCUGAUGCAGAGUUAUAUCUUUAAAUCUGUACAACACAAUGUGAAGGCAGUUGACCCUCACGACUUCUUCGGUUUGACCCUCCCGUGUGUUAUUUACCAAAUGAAAUACAAGCUCUUUAAAUACUUGUGGAAAUGUGUGAACGAGAGGAUUAGAAAUUACAUUAGGAGGUCAGGCAAAAGGGCGGAAUUCAAAAGGAGGGUAAAGAACUGCACACGGGAAGUCAUAUACAAUGACAACUUGCUGUGUAAGUACUCCAAUUUGGACACCUCAAUUUUUAAGGAGAACGAGAAGGAAAAGGAAAAGAACAUGAGGAAAACGGUCAAGUAUAAGUACAACAUCAACAGUGCAAUGUCCUACCGCUACCUAAUGAACAUCUCGUCUAAUUCGCGGCUCUACGUCAAGAAGAGCAGCAUUCAUGGAUAUGGCCUCUACACAUGCGAGUUUAUUAAUGAGGGAGAGCCGGUCAUCGAGUACAUCGGUGAGUACAUUAGAAACAUAAUAAGUGACAAGAGGGAAAAGUAUUAUGACAAAAUUGAGAGUAGCUGUUACAUGUUCAGGCUAAACGAAAAUAUAAUUAUUGAUGCCACCAAGUGGGGGAAUGUCAGCAGAUUUAUCAACCACAGCUGCGAGCCAAAUUGUUUUUGUAAAAUAGUAAGCUGUGAUCAGAACUUAAAACACAUUGUCAUCUUUGCCAAGAGAGACAUUGUAGCACACGAGGAAAUAACGUACGACUAUCAGUUUGGUGUCGAAUCGGAAGGAAAAAAACUCAUUUGUUUAUGCGGCUCGAGCACAUGUUUAGGAAGAAUGAACUAA